ACGUUGUUCCUUCCUCGCUGGAGUGACGUCAAAGAUUUGAACUAGUCACUCUCUUACACAUACACAGAACCCGAUCCCAUCCUUUAUCAAUUAAACGAAAAAAUCAUUACACACUCUCUUUUUCUCAUCCCUUCUUCAAUCCAAUCCACAUUCUCUCUCAUACCCAAAACCCUCGCCGCCGCAAUGGAAGCCAAGAAGCUCCACCCUCGCUUCUCGCUCGGCCGCCAAUCCUCCCUCGCGCCGGAGCGUGCCGGCGCCGGCGACUCGUCGGAGACCCUGGACCCGGCGGUCCGGUUGAUGUAUCUGGCCAACGAAGGUGACUCGGACGGGAUUAAGGAGCUUUUGGACGCCGGGAGUAACGUCAAUUUCACCGACAUCGACGGCCGCACCUCUCUCCACGUCGCCGCUUGCCAGGGCCGCACCGACGUCGUUGACUUGCUGCUCCGACGAGGCGCCCACGUCGAUCCACAAGACCGCUGGGGCAGCACCCCUCUAGUUGAUGCAAUGUACUACAAGAAUCACCAAGUUGUCAAGCUUUUGGAGAAACACGGUGCAAGACCCCCUAUGGCUCCCAUGCAUGUGCAGAAUGCUCGUGAAGUACCUGAGUAUGAGAUUGAUCCUUCUGAACUUGAUUUUACUAAUAGUGUUUGCAUAACAAAGGGAACUUUCAGGAUUGCAUUAUGGCGUGGAAUUCAGGUUGCUGUCAAGACACUUGGGGAGGAAUUGUUCACUGAUGAUGACAAAGUAAAGGCAUUUCAUGAUGAGCUUACAUUACUUGAGAAAAUAAGGCAUCCAAAUGUAGUCCAGUUUUUGGGUGCUGUAACACAAAGCACACCAAUGAUGAUUGUCACAGAAUAUCUACCCCAGGGGGAUCUCGGUGCCUACUUGAAGCGGAAAGGUGCAUUAAAACCAGUAACCGCCGUAAAGUUUGCACUUGAUAUUGCUAGGGGUAUGAACUAUUUGCAUGAACAUAAACCAGAAGCCAUUAUACACAGAGAUCUUGAGCCUUCAAAUAUACUGCGGGAUGAUUCUGGGCAUCUGAAAGUUGCAGACUUUGGAGUUAGCAAGUUGCUUAAAGUUGCUAAAAUGGUCAAAGAAGACAAACCCGUGGCAAGCCUGGAUACAUCAUGGCGUUAUGUUGCUCCAGAGGUAUAUAGAAAUGAGGAAUACGACACAAAUGUGGAUGUAUUUUCAUUUGCUCUGAUAUUACAGGAGAUGAUUGAAGGUUGUCCACCGUUUUUUGCAAAGCCAGAAAAUGAAGUUCCUAAAGCAUAUGUUGAAAAUGAGCGUCCACCAUUUAGAGCUUCACCAAAGCUUUAUGCUUAUGGGCUAAAACAGUUAAUUGAGGAAUGCUGGGAUGAAAAACCAUACAGAAGGCCAACAUUUAGGCAAAUAAUUGGGAGAUUGGAAGACAUAUACUACCAUCUUGCUCAAAAGAGGGGCUGGAAGGUUAGGACUCCUGGAUGCUUCCAGAACCUGGAAGCCAUAUUUAGGGGUAAUCGCACAAAUCCAAGUAGCCGAUCAUCUCGCUCUACGGCCAGAUAAAUAUUUGCCUUUGCCAUCAAGAACCAAGAAAUUUUUUGAUCAUACAGUAUCAUAUACUUGCAUGUCAUAUAUAUAGUUUUUUGUAAAUAACUUUCGCUCGACGUGCGGCUGAAUAAAUUCUGAAAAGAAUGUGACAUCAUUGUGUUAUUUUGUCCAAAGACAUUCUUUCUAGUUCUUGCUUAUAAAAAAGUUUGUUCUUUUCUAAGCUUUAUCUUUUUAAAACAUUAUUUUAACUUUAGGCAUAUUUUGUUAAGACGCUGUUCUUUUUCAAUAAAGAAGGUAUCAUGUCGUUGCUCCUA